AUGAACCCCGACUCGGAUCACGUUCACCCAACUCAAUCCCUUCAUCGCCCACUUUGCUCCGCAUCUUCAUCGGCGAUCCUCGAAUGGGACAUCGAACCUCCCGUUAUUCUCUCUCCGCCUACACUCCCCCAUCACCCGCCCAACCCCCACAGGGUAUCAUGCGCAAAGUCGACUGAACAGCUGGAGCAGUCCGUUCCGUUUGUUCUGGACUCUGCUGCGUACAUCUUGGCGUCUAUUGACGACUCGCAUGCGGAGGAGCAGGUUUCUGUGGAGGCUCCUCCGGCUCGGAGCAGUGGGUUUGCUAGCCCGUUGAUUUUUAGGAGUAGAAGUCCUAGUCCGUUGGGUGCGAGGAUCGUGUCCGCUGCCGGUGUACCCAUCCACAACCUCCUUCUGAGCCCAACUACCGUCCCUCCCAUCGUCACACAGCAUUCACCCACCCAGCUUCCAGCAGUUAGGCCUAUGAUCCAGAUGCAGACGGAUUCGACGACGGCGUCAACGCCGUCCCUCAUCACACCCACUUCGCCUAUUUUUCACCUACGUCGAUGGGUAUCUUCGUCUUCUCCUACUACAACCACGGCGCAAGAACACCCACUUGCUUCGCUUCCAGAGCCUGACGAUGACAAAGGGAAAGGAAGAGUCGAGGUGCGAAAAUUUGCGAACCUGCUUGUGGAGGGAAAGAAGGGCGCAGAUUUGAAGAAGGCUAAAGGAAAAUCCGAGCUCUCGCCUUCAUCCUCCUCCACCAGACCCCGCCGCUCUCGAAAGACGACGAUCCCUGCCGUCGAUUCUAUCCCUCGGGUCACCACUCACAUCGAGACAACCCCAAAGCAGGAUGUUUUGCAGCCAGGCUCUACCUCCAUUCAAAUUCAAUCCGACGACCCUUCCCCCCUUCCCGUAGGCCUCUCCGCAAUCCCACUAACCCACAUAUUCAAACGUUCUCUCUCCCUUCUGUCAAGCAACCCGCGCUCAACACUCCCGGAGUCUACAAUCACUCUUCCAUCUGAUGCCGCGUCGCCAAGAGACGGGGAAGCCAGCAGGAUGGGUACACCAGGCACACCAUCAUUGCGUCGUCAUCCCUACUCUCAAACUACGACCACAGGAGAUACCGCCGCCUCAUUCCCGCACCUCUACACUCCCUUUACAUCCUACGGCAACGGCCCUCGACAUCUCCAGUGGGAGGAUGAAGAAGCGCGUGGAAGGAAUUCUGUCGGACAGUAUGAUCAUCAGUACAACGAGCAAUACGGUGUGUCUCUCGAACCCCCAAACGACGGCAGCGAGCUUGUCACCUGGUCAACAAACCCCAAUCGUCAAGGCCUCGUCGCCGUCAUACAAGAUCCUCAUAUGCAUUCCGAGACCGACGUCCCUCUCUCGACGCCUCUCCAGCCACCCGCGUCGACAGACCCCUCGAAUUACUUCUACACCUCCCAAUCCGUACCACUCCCCGCUUCGUUAUUCUCCACCCUGUCCAAGUCGGCUGGCGAUUACAAGUAUGACGAAAUUUAA